AUGAUGAAACAUAAACCAAAAAACGUCAAUAAGAUCGAAUUCAGUAAAAUUAUUUCGAGAAAAUGGCAUAAUUUAUCAGAAAAUGAGAAGAAUAUUUGGAAAAGAAGGUAUCAUACAUUUAGGGAUACACAAUUACAAAAUGCCUUUGAUUUACCUUUCGAUGAUAAUCCGACCUACACUGUCAAUCCAAAUUCCGUUAACGUUUUACCAUCUGUUAUGAAAGGCGACUGCUAUUUAACG